AUGAUUAACGCCCGAUUGCUAUCCGUUGCGCUCGGCUGGCUCGGCCUGGUGCAUUAUGGAGCUCUACCUUCAAUCCAGGCGGCAUUCUACGUGUGUCCUAAGGGCUGCUCUGCCAUGGUGCUUCCUCGAGACAUGGAGAUGAUUAACGAUUGCUUGUGUGGUGAAGAAGUCGACGUCUCAGCUGAAGAAGCCGCAGCAGACCCCAUGGAGACAAGAAAAUUUCUUUGCAAAGGACGCUACAAAUAUAGACGCAACAGUGCAAGUGCUCCUAGGUCCGUGGCAGACUGCGAUUGCUACCCCCCCUACGAGAAAGAUCCCAGAAGUCAAGAGUGCAUUCUGACAAGCUGCCCGCGUGCUGGAAAUUAUGAACCUUGGGUUGGUGUGGGAAAAGUAAGCUCACUCGACGACUGCACGUGCACCGCACCCUUUGUUAAAGUAGACACAUCGGGACAAUGUGUACGUGGAAACGGCAAAAGCAAUGCUCAGGUCCGUAUCAAAUAUGAAUGCCCACCAAGUUCAACGCCAACGCCUGAUAUUGAGCCCCAGUCGUUUGCUGAUUGUCACUGCAGCUGGGGCUUCGUUCGAGAUAGCCGUCAGCUGUGUGAGCGGGAGUUUGCGGCAUAUGUGUGUCCCGUGAACUCUGUUAAGCGAUCGGAUCUUCCAAUUUUAGAGCGUCCUCGAGGAUUUUUUGACUGCGAGUGUCUUUCAUCGGAGCAAUACGAAAGGGACGAAGAAGCACACGCUUGCUGGUCAGUAUCACAAAUUAAAAGACGUAAGGCCAAGAGAAGCAGUAACCUUUACGAAGAAAUUGAGGACGCCAACUUAGAAGUAGUGAAUACGGCAGUCACACCGUAUCAGUGUCCACCAUUUUCGCUUGCAGUGGCCACUAUCGCACAUUCAGUUGACCAGUGUCAGUGUAUCCCUGGAUAUGGCUGGAAGGUACCUGAAAUGAAUUGCGUGCGGACAUCUGCCUACAAAUGCCCCGAGCACGCUUACAAGCGCUUUCAGCUGCAGGGUUCAGAGAUCGAGACAAGUUUCGACGACUGUGCGUGUGCACGUGGUUACUUUCUUGAUGCAGUCGCUCAGCGUUGUGUACCUUGGAUUCUGGCAAAUUCAAACGCAUGUCCACCCUUCGCUAUUCUCAAGCAAUGGCCACUGCAGAGCAAUGCCAAUUGCGAGUGCUUGUACGGACUUAAUGAAACAGUCCGCGAUGAACAGAACGAGGCAAGACGCAAAACUAAAUACAAUGCGAACAGCGACUCAUCACAAAUCAUAAGGACAAGCAAACGCGAGUGCAACAGAAGACCAUUUGACAAUGCAAGUCCAGAUUUCUCUCAGUGUCCUCACGACUCAAUCGCUACCACUUGGCCGGUGACGUCCGCUAAUGACUGCACGUGUUUAUUUGGUCUUGAAAAGACCUCGCUUACUCUAAAAGAAGUUUCACAAGGUGCGGGGGAUGGAUUUCACUGUGUGGCAACACCAGCGAACAAAAUUCUUUUUGAUGAAGCUGCAGCAGCUUGUCGAGCUCCUUACGUACUUCAUCCUUUAAGCGGAAAGUGCCGGCUUCCCGUUGAGGAGACAAUUUCGAAGUCAAACCCAGAAGGAGUACUAUACAAAGGUAUAGAGUACCAUUACGAGCUUGUCGACGACAACGUGAUGGUUAUCCAGGGAGAUAUUGCCAUUGGUGAACGCUAUGUCUGGCAAGUCUUUGAUCCUGAUGAUCCAGAGGAGAUUACAACACGCGUUGAGCACGUUCUCCACGGAUAUUAUAACUCAGGAAGAGACCAUCGGUGGCACCAUGAGACCAUGUGUUACCAAGUUGAAAAGAGCGCUUAUCCUUUUCUGCGAACCUUUAAAGCUGCCACAGAGCAUAUUACUCAUGCGACGGGCUUUGAAUUUCAACAGUGCGGAGGCAAUAAUUGCCGCACAGAUAAGAGCUGCCGGAAUCACGACUACGUCGUCGUACAAAGUGUCGAAUCUUCUUGCUACUCGUUUGUAGGGCGGAUUGGCGGACCGCAGCGACUUGGCAUAUCUGCGGAUUGUGGGCUGGGAAAUAUUGUUCACGUUUUGCUCCAUGCAGUAGGACUUCGACACGCAAUUGACAGGGUCGACCGUGAUGAGCAUGUACGUAUCGCUUGGGAGUGCAUACCAGAGUCGAAGCGAAGCUAUUUUGUGGUCGAAGAAAUGAGCAUGACACCUAUUUCUCAUCGAGAGGAAGACCAUAUACUUGAGCCUCCAUCCUACGAUCUCUUCAGUAUUAUGCAACACCCAAUUGAUGCUUUUGUACACUCGGACAUGGACGAGAGCAAGCCACACUGGUGCCCCAGUGUAGUUCCGCUUGUAGCAGAUAAAGACGAACGACUUGAUUUGAUGAAGGAAAUGGGCCAACGCGACCGAAUGACCAUAACUGAUGUCAACUCUGUCUGGGCAUUGUACCCAGGAUUAAAAAAGAAGCAUCAAAAACGUCAAAACGCAGGCGAGAGUGGCGAAGCGAUAGUUGAAGAACUCCAUGACAGUUUCAUGCAUACUAAUCCAGACACUACCGAGAUUAAGGCUAGUGCGAACGAAGGAAAACAACACCGAAGCUUUGGUCAGCGACUUAUGAGUUUUUUUGGCGCAAUUGUAACACUUGUUGGUUUCGGAGCUCUGCUAGCUCUCCUUUCGACGGAGUUGCGGCGCCGUGUACUGCUGAGCUCUAGUGACGACUUUUUCUAUGAAGCACCGCUCAUCGACAGCAAAAACGAUAUUUGA